CCAGGAAGGCCCCUCUCAAUACCCCUGGCACCCCGAUCCUUGAAGACUUUCCUCAGAACGAUGAUGAAAAGGAGCGACUGCAGCGGAGGCGCUCCAGGGUCUUUGACCUGCAGUUCAGCACAGACUCGCCUCAUGCGCUGGCCUCUCCCUCCAGCAGGAGUAUUGACAGUUCAGCUACAAUUUCCAAGUUUACAAACACACAGAUAACAGAGCAUUACUCCACCUGUAUCAGAUUGUCCACGGAAAAUAAAAUCACUACCAAGAAUGCUUUUGGCUUGCACUUGAUUGAUUUCAUGUCAGAGAUUCUUAAACAGAAAGACACCGAACCAACAAACUUUAAAGUGGCUGCUGGCACUCUGGAUGCCAGCACCAAGAUCUAUGCUGUACGUGUCGAUGCUGUUCAUGCCGACGUGUACCGAGUCCUUGGGGGACUGGGCAAAGAUGCCCCAGAAGAAGUGGAGGGCCAUGGUGCAGAUGGAAGUGCUUCCGAAGUGGGAACAAACAAAAAGGCGCCGAAGCCAAAGAAGAAGCACUCCUACAGAACCAUCGAGCAGAACGUGAACAACCUCAACAUCUCCGAAGCGGAUCGGAAGUGUGAGAUUGACCCCAUGUUUCAGAAGACUGCCGCCUCGUUGGAUGAGUGUAGCGCAGCAGGGGUGUUCCUCUCCACCCUCCGCUGCUGUGACUACAGAAGUGAGCUGCUGUUUCCUUCUGACCUGCAGGUUCUCUCCACUGGAGAACCUCACGAGUUGCCCGAUUUAGGUUGGGUGGAAAUGGCAGAUUUAGAAGCUCCCUUGCAGCAGUGUGCCGAGGAUCGCCAGAUCUGCCCUUCCUUGGCUGGGUUCCAGUUCACUCGAUGGGACAGUGAGACGCAUAAUGAGUCCGUGUCAGCCCUGGUAGACAAGUUUAAGAAGAAUGACCAGGUCUUUGACAUCAACGCCGAGACUGAGGAGGCAGAGUGUGGGGACUACCCUGAUGGGCCCCUGGAGGACGACUUUUAUGCCAGCGAUGAAGCCGAGCACACCGCAGCUGGGAAUCAGGAGGAGUUCAGGAGCUGGAAGGAGCCCUGCCAAGCUCAGAGCUGCCAGAAAGAAGUCAUUCCCCUCGGGGACGGAGACAUCAGGACCAUGUGCCCCCUCCUGUCCAUGAAACCUGGAGAGUAUUCCUAUUUCAGUCCCCGCACCAUGUCGAUGUGGGCUGGCCCGGAUCACUGGCGCUUCAGACCUCCACACAAACAAGAUGCUUCCUCAAAAUCAGAGAACAAAAAGAAAAGUACAAAGAAAGAUUUUGAUAUCGACUUUGAAGAUGAUAUUGACUUUGAUGUGUAUUUUCGAAAAACAAAGGCCGCCACUAUCCUGAGCAAGUCCACUUUGGAGAACCAGAGUUGGAAAAGCACCACCCUUCCGACAGAUUUCCUCUAUGAGACCAACAACCUCGUCCAGCUGCACCUCAAACCCGGUGUCAGGUUCUUUCAGGCGGCCCAGGAGCAGAGGGCAGGCGCUGAGCAGUAUGAAGACCUCAGACACUAUGAUUACAACAACCCUAACGACACCUCCAACUUCUGCCCCGGGCUCCAGGCUGCUGACAGUGAUUAUGAAGAGUCAGACAACUUAUUUGUGGGACCAACUGGGGCCUUUGACCUCACACUGUGUCCUGGCCAUCCACCUAAGACAAUGCAAGAGAACAAUGACACCCCCGAAGUCCAAGGAUUGGACAUCAUGACCUAUGGGGAGUCAGAGCUGGUGGCCGAGCCUCAGAAGGUAAAUAAAAUUGAAAUCCAUUAUGCCAAGACUGCCAAAAAGAUGGACAUGAAGAAGCUGAAGCAGAGUAUGUGGAGUUUGCUGACCGAGUUCUCAAAGAAGCAAGCAGAUGCAGAGGCAAACCACAGUGAGAUGGGGAAAGAAGGGGCCCCGGAGGAGGUGGCUAAUGAGAAGCUGUUCAGUGGGCUCACAAAGGACCUGAAGAAGAGCCUGCCUCCCCUCAUGGCUCAGAACCUCUCCAUACCUCUGGCCUUUGCCUGUCUCCUGCAUUUAGCCAAUGAAAAGAACCUGAAGCUGGAAGGAACCGAGGAUCUUGCGGAUGUUCUUGUGAGGCAAGGGGACUGAGUGCCCCACAGAGAAGACGGCAGUGGCGGACUCAUCUCAGGGACCGCGUACCUCUGCCCUGG